GUUGAUCUUCCUCGAAAGGGGGCGCUGUUGUCCGUUUUCGGUCCGGUUUCCAGCAGUCCCGUCAUGCCCAUUUUGCUGAACCUCUUUAAUCAUUGUUAUUAUUAAUUUAUCAUCAAACGAAUUAUUCAAGAAUAUCGAGACUUCAUUACCAGCUGCUGCAGACCUAUGUCAUAUGCUGGCUUGAAGUCUCAGAGGAAGUUGGCGUCAUAACACAGUGCUUUUGAAAUAAACGCAAGGCGUGUGAAAGUACAACAGGGCCAUCUGUCUGCAUCAUGGCUUCAACCUCCGGGGAUGCUAGCUCAUCGUGUAUUGUGAUCUGCAACAAGAUCUGUGGGGAAGCCUUCAUGAGCAAGGAAGAGCUUGAGGAGCACCAGAGGAGCCACAUCUUUAGCCAGUCCUUCAUGUCGGCACUCAAGGUCAGCUUGCCCGAGGAGAGUAUUCCCGAUAAUGCCGAUCCAUCCACGUUAUUUGCUGUCCCUCCCACCAGGGAUGUACCUGUGGUCCCUUGCACCCUCUGCGACAGAGUCUUCACAUCGGAAAAUCGUCAGGUCCGCCAUCUGCAAACUGUCCACGCCAGAAAGGAACCGAUUACCUGCGCCACGUGCAACAAAGUCUUCACACUACGAAGCUCAUUGAAACAACACCAGAAGAUCCAUUUGAGACAGCCCAAGCCGCCCAAGGACAGGUCUGUUUCCUGCGACAUUUGUCACAGGGCCUUUAAACAUAAAUCUCUGUUGAAAUGCCACAUGAAAUACCACUUUGAGGAGAAACGCCACAAGUGCAGCGAUUGUGGUAAGAGCUAUUACACCAGCCACAAUUUGAAAAACCACAUGAGGAGCCACACAGGAGACCGGCCGUACGCCUGUGAGAUCUGUAACAAGACGUUCGCAGUGUUGACUUGCCUCAAAAGCCAUCUGGUGGUCCACGAAACAAAUCAUCAGUAUGUGUGUGAAAUCUGCGGCAAGUCUUUCAGCCGCCAGAACAACUUGACCAGGCACGUCAAGCUUCACUCCUUGGAGAGACCGUUCGUCUGUGACAUCUGUGACCAGGCCUUCUCCGAGAAGGCAACGAUGAAGGAGCACAGGCAAAUCCACACCAAACCGUUCUUGUGUGAAGAUUGCGGCAAGACAUUUUCUCGAAAGGCUGCUCUUAAGAGACAUACUUUAAAACGUCAUGCUCAACCUGAACACACUUCAGUUACACCGGACGCAUGGGAAAAAGUAACAACGUGGGAUUCACAUAACUACAGAAACACUCCCCCCUUAAACAUGUCUAAAGACGGGCCCUUCUCUUGCGACGUUUGUAACAGAGAGUUUUCGAUCAAAGGAAAUCUGAAAAUCCACUGGAGGACCCACACUGGAGAGAAACCGUUCCUGUGCGACAUUUGUGGGACUGCCUUUUCUCUCAAACAAUCACUGCAGCAACACCAGUUGUGCCACACUGGGGAGAAACCGGCGUCAUGUGGUGUUUGCGGCAAAUCUUUCCGAGACAAGCAAUCUGUCAGAAAACAUCAGACAGUACACACCGGAGAUAAGCCAUAUGUCUGCGAUAUCUGCAGCAAAGCCUUCGCAUCCAAUCCCAAUCUUCGUCAACACCGCAAGGUUCAUUCCAAAGAGAAGCCGUAUGUUUGCAGCAGCUGCGGUGUGGCCUUUUCAAGAAAAAGCAGCCUGCGCAAGCAUGUAAAAAAAUACCACAUUGUUGGAAAACCAGUUUACUGUGAUAUCUGUGGCCGCACAAUCCCACAAGAAAAUGUUGUAGAAAUAAUACUGCAGGCGGACACUGCCGUAAAGGCGUUUGUGUGUGGCUUCUGUGAUGAUCCUAUUCAGAAACGCAAGAGACUAAAGAGCCAUCUGCAUGUCGAUAUACAAGAGGAGGCAAUUAUUCUUGUUGCGCAUGAAGAGGUCUGUCCUCGUGACGAUCUAGAAAAUCACCAUGAGGAAAAAACUGACAGGACACUUGGCUCAGAAACGCAGAGUUGUAUGGAAUCUCACAGUGGGGACAACACCGGGGAUGCAUCUGACCCAGAGACACAUAGUCCCACAGAACACCAACGUAGGGACAAAACUGGUGAGACAUCGAUCCAUGAAACGGCCAGUCUUACAGAACACCCCCAUAGUGACAACAUCAGUGGAACGUCUGGCUGUGGGGACAGCACUGCGCACAGUUGUAUGGAAUCUCACAGUGGGGACAACACUGUGGCUGUGUCUGACCCAGAGACACAUAGUCCCACAGAACACCAACAUAGGGACAAAACUAGUGAGACAUCGAUCCAAGAAACGGCCAGUCUUACAGAACACCCCCAUAGUGACAACAUCAGUGGAACGUCUGGCUGUGGGGACAGCACUGUUGAAAUAUCCGUCCUAGAGACCGACGGUCUUCCCAAAAGCAACGUAGCUCCAUCCCCCAAUGAGCCGUUAGAUGGUAACAAUCAGAGAGCUAGCCCACGAAAAAGCGCACCAAAAUUUCAGCGAGGAAUUGCCGUCGGAGAUAAGUCAUCUACAACCAAAAUUGGUGGCAAAUCCUCUCUGAAAAGAAAGAAGCCUGCAAAGCGUGCCAGAAUUCGCGCCACGGGUUUGUUCGUUUGCAACGUAUGUUACAAAGCCUUUGCAAUCAAAGGAAAUUUGGAAAUGCACCGCAGGAUCCACACGGGCGAGAGGCCAUUUCUGUGUGAUCAUUGUGGCAGUACCUUCCCACGCAAGCAAGCGCUGCAACAUCAUCAGUUUUGUCAUACGGGAGAGAAGCCGUAUUUGUGCUACAUGUGCGGCAAGUCGUACAGAGGGGGGAAAUCUCUCCGAGAUCAUCUACGAACCCACACGGGAGAAAAACCACACGUUUGUGAAGUCUGCGACAAGGCCUUCUCAAACAGCGCCAACUUUCGCCAGCACUGCAAGACUCACUCCAAAGAGAAGCCGUAUGUUUGCGGCACCUGCAGAGUCGUCUUUUCAAGACGAACCAGUCUUCGUAAGCACAUCAAGAAGUUCCAUGUUGGACAGAAACAGUAUAACUGUGACACAUGUGGCAUUGCAGUCUCACACAAAAGUGUCGUAGAAACUCUACUGCGUUCCUCAACUAUUGUACAAGUACUCCUGUGUGACUUUUGCGCAAACCUGUGUAGAGACAAACUUACUAUUCGAACUGUCAAAAAAUCACAUAUUCAGUGAAGUUGGUAAAAUUUUUAGCAAAACAUGAAUGCAAAGAAUGUUCAGUACGGGUACCAAUUGAUAGUUGUCUGUUAGUAAAACCAGGCACAAAACAAAAAAAAAUCACUCUGAUUUCCUAACUUGUGAAAUUUCCUUUGUUUUUUACCAGCGAUCAACCUUUAAAUCAAACCAUUGAGAAAUUGUGUGGAAUCUUUGAAUUAUUCGUCCAGACAUUUCUUUUCAAUUCUUCCCACAGUUUUCACACAUAAACUGGCAUUGCUGGCAAAAUUUAAGAUUGAGUACUUUAAGGCAAAACUAUUACAAGUGUAGACUUCAUUUGAGGACGUCUGAUAUUUCUGAGGAGGUAGUUUACAAAGUGUUUAGUAAUAAAACAACAGCACUUACUUGUGAAAAACCCUGUUUUUAAGAGUAUUGGUUACAGAUUAUGAAUUUUUGUGUCCCAAAGAGAUUUUAGCAGAGUUGUCAGAGACCAUUAUUUUAAACUAAAGACCGGUUCUAAGAUCAUUCAGCAGAUGUAUACUUGUGGGAUUCAGGAAAGGUCUUAACUACAGUGCUUGAAUACAGAAUCGCUGUGUCAAUGAGAAGUAAAGAAGAAAAAACUA